GUUAAGCAAGACAUGCAGAGAGGGAGAGAGAGAGAGAGAGAGUUUGAGAGUUCAGAAUUGCACUACAAUGUCUGCGGUGGCUUCUCUGCUGUAAGCACACAAAGGUUAUGCUGCCCAAAAGCUGUCUGAGUCCCAGUGAGAAAGAGAAGGGCUAAAGCCACACCGAUCCAAACCAGCUUUCCAGAGCCUCUCCAGCAGCAACUCCACUGCGGAGCCAUGAGCAACCCCAGCGCUCCCAACCAGAUUACAGACGCCGUGACAUCGGUUGUUCACAGCCCAGAAGCCCCUGCCGCCUCAUCACUACACGGGACUCCACGCCCCGAUGAGGAGGAUGAUGGGGACCUGAACAAAGCCUUGGGCGUCCAGCGCUUCCAGCAGAUCCUCAGUCCUGCUUCUGUGGUACCCGAUGAACAGCACCACAACUACCAUGAGGAGGACAUUGAUUUCCACCGUCGCUCCACACACUCACAUCCCCGACCUCUGUCCAAACUGCCCCCAGAGGGACGCAGGAAGAAGAGCAACAAGAAACGGAGAAAAGACAAAGAUCACAAAAGCAGCCAGGUUCCCAGCAGUGGCCCCAUAGAGGAGGGGGAGGAUGAAGAUGAGGAGGAGGAGGAGGAGGGCACGGAGACAUCUUCUGCUCCAGCUGAGUCGGAGAAAGUCAAAGAUGUGGAGUUCUUUGUUUCCGAUGAAGACCAUGCGGCCAAAGAGAUGACUCACGCAGCCCGUGAGCUGGAUAUCGUACCAAAGUCUGGGGAAGGAGCAGAUACUGAAGAUGCCUCUUCCUCAGAUAAGCCAGUCUCCCCCGACGCUUCGACCUCCACCACUCCCCAGGCCAUAGCUCCUGAACACAUACCACUGGCCAGGGUGUCCUCCGCCAGUCGCAGCUACGACUUGCAAGAGCGCCGCCGCACAGGCAACAUGACGGGUGCAGAGCAGGCCAAGUACCAGCGCAUCCCUACUGACGAGAGCGAGGCUCAGACGCUGGCCUCCGCUGAUCUGGACGGCAUCAAGAGUCAUCGUUUUGAAGAUGUUCCCGGCAUGCGCAGACACCUGGUCAGAAAAAGCACCAAGGGCCAAGUGGUGCACACUGGCAAGGACCAUAAAGAGCCGACCACUCGCAGCCGUAAACAGGACCGAACCCCACAUGAGUCGUUACCGGUGGUUGUGUACCGCUCCGCCUCACGGCAAGAAGGCGUCCUGCUGGACGUGGGCUCCGGUCAAAUGGCUCGGUACCAGAAGGUGUUUGUGGAGCUGAAUGAGCUGACUAUGGACAAGAACCAGGAGAUGCAGUGGAAGGCAGACGGCUUCCGAUGGAUCAAGUUUGAGGAAGACGUGGAGGAGGAGACCGACCGCUGGGGGAAACCUCACGUGGCCUCACUGUCUUUCCGCAGUUUGCUGGAGCUCCGAAAGACCAUCUCACAUGGUGCAGUGCUGCUGGACCUCGACAAAACCCUGCCUGGCAUCCCCCACCAGGGGGAGCAGAAGAUAUUUCUGACCAAAUCAAAAGCUGAGGACCGAGCCAACGUCCUAGGGGCCCUGCUGCUGAAACACAGUCACCCGAGUGAUGAGAAGGAGCACAGUAGCCCUUUCCCCAGGAACAUUUCCGCAGCCAGCCUGGGCAGUCUGAUAACACACCACCACAAUGCCAAUCACACCCAUCAGCCAGAACCAUCGGUGACCGACCCGCUAAUGGGCACCACCCACGUCACCGGGGACACCGACACGCGCAUAGACGUGGAGAAAAACGAAGUACAGCAGAAGGAGCCGACCUUGAUGUCCGGUAUGCAUCGGUCCAAAUCCAAACAUGAGCUGAAGCUGCUGGAGAAGAUUCCUGAAAAUGCUGAGGCCACUGUUGUUCUUGUGGGCAGCGUGGACUUCCUGGAGCAGCCCACAAUGGCGUUUGUGCGGCUGCAGGAGGCGGUGGAGCUGGAGUCUGUCCUUGAGGUCCCCGUGCCGGUCAGGUUUCUCUUUGUUUUGCUAGGACCCCCCACCACCAGCAUGGACUAUCACCAGAUAGGACGUUCCAUCUCCACACUUAUGUCUGACAAGCAAUUUCACGAAGCAGCCUACCUGGCAGACGACCGGCAGGACCUGCUGAACGCCAUCAACAGCUUCCUGGACUGCAGCAUCGUGCUGCCGCCUUCAGAGAUGGGAGGCGAUGAGCUGCUGCGCUCUGUGGCCCGCUUUCAGAGGGAGAUGCUGCGCAAGCGGGAGGAGCAGGGGGUCAAACUGAUGGCCAAGGAGCCAAAAAGCUUUGAAGAAAAAGAGGCCCUCCUCACACCCUUGAAAAAGUCAGACGAUCCCUUAAAGCGCACCGGACGUCCCUUUGGUGGGCUGAUACGAGAUGUGCGGCGCCGUUACCCAAAGUACCUCAGUGACUUCAAGGACGCCCUGAACAGUCAGUGCAUGGCUGCCGUUAUCUUUAUCUACUUUGCUGCCCUCUCUCCAGCCAUAACAUUCGGAGGCCUACUGGGUGAGAAGACGGAAGGUCUGAUUGGUGUUUCUGAGUUGAUUGUGUCAACAGCAGUGCAGGGUGUGAUCUUCUGCUUGCUCGGAGCGCAGCCGCUACUCGUUGUGGGCUUCUCUGGACCCCUGCUGGUCUUUGAAGAAGCCUUUUACAGUUUCUGCAAAGCAAACGACAUGGAGUACCUGACGGGCCGUGUCUGGAUCGGGUUUUGGCUCAUCAUCAUCGUGAUCGUCACUGUGGCCUUCGAGGGAAGCUUCCUGGUCCGCUUCGUCUCCCGUUUCACCCAGGAGAUCUUCUCCUUCCUUAUCUCCCUCAUCUUCAUCUGCGAGACCUUCAUCAAGCUCGGCAGGAUUUUCAAGGAGCACCCCCUGAAACGUUGCUCCCUCAACAGCAGCAUAGAAGAGAACUCCUCAGCAGAAAUUAUCUCAUUCAUGCCGAGCAACAGCACCCAGAAGAUAACGGUCAAAGGCGAGCCCAACACCGCGCUGCUCUCUCUGGUUCUCAUGGCCGGAACAUAUUUCAUCGCUUUCUACCUGCGCAAGUUCAAGAACAGCUCGUUCUUCCCCGGAAGGCUUCGCAGGAUUAUUGGAGACUUCGGUGUACCAAUUGCCAUCCUCAUCAUGGUGCUGGUGGAUUACAGUAUAAACGACACAUACACACAGAAACUGAGCGUUCCUGAAGGUUUCUCUGUGACGAGUCCCCAUAAACGUGGCUGGAUCAUCAAUCCUCUGGGUUCGAACGGUGAAUUCCCCAUCUGGAUGAUGUUUGCCUGCUGUUUCCCCGCUCUCCUGGUUUUCAUCCUCAUCUUCAUGGAGACUCAGAUCACCACCCUGAUCGUGAGUAAGAAGGAGCGGAUGCUGGUGAAGGGCUCUGGUUUCCAUUUGGACCUGCUGCUGAUUGUGGUGCUGGGCGGUUGCUCGGCUCUGUUCGGCCUGCCGUGGAUGGCUGCCGCGACAGUUCGCUCAGUGACCCACGUCAACGCCCUUACUGUCAUGAGUAAGGCCGUCGCCCCCGGAGACAAGCCUCGCAUCCAGGAGGUGAAGGAGCAGAGGGUUACCGGGCUCUUGGUGGCCAUCAUGGUUGGUAUGUCCAUUGUGAUAGGCAAGCUGCUGCGUCAGAUCCCCCUUGCGGUGCUGUUUGGUAUCUUCCUCUACAUGGGUGUGAUGUCCCUAAAUGGUAUCCAGCUAACAGAGCGGAUGAUGCUGCUGCUCAUGCCACCAAAGUAUCACCCAGACCACACCUACGUGCGCAAGGUCCGUACGCUGCGUAUGCAUCUGUUCACCUGCAUCCAGCUGGUGUGUCUGGGCGUCCUGUGGGCCGUUAUGUCAACGCAGGCAUCGCUGGCUUUCCCCUUCGUCCUCAUCCUCACCGUCCCUGUCAAGAUGUUCCUGCUGCGCCGCAUCUUCACCACCAGAGAGAUUGCAUGUCUGGAUGCGGACGACGCAGAACCGAAGUUUGAUGAGCGCGAGUGUCACGAUGAGUACUCGGAGAUGCACAUGCCUGUGUAACCCUUUUUAAGAAGCCCUCGUAUCACCACUCAACUCCUUACAGAGGACAAACUAGAAUCCUUCAAUCACUACCGACCAAUGAGUCCUGAAACACAUCACUGUGCACCUCUUUAUUAUCACUUGUGAACGUACAGUAUGUCAGAGGUCUGGGUGGUUGAUACUUUGGUUAACUAUUUAAGUUGCGUUUUAUCAGAUCGUUGGGGUGAAAGAGUAAAAUCCAACAGAGGAGAUCAGACAGAUUCACAUUCACUUAUAAUAUAGUUUUUUAAAAAUAUAUAUUUCAGGGGACAAGAGAUUCCAAAUCAAAUGAUGUGAUCUCGAGCUCGAAAUUAAACGCGAUUAUAUUAGAUUGUAGUAGAAGACUGAUUAACUUUUAGCCCUGAAAGGUUGCUCUGAUUCACAUUGAAUAUGUGGAGGAUAUAUGGGAUUUAUUCUUUAUAUUAACAUGCCGAGUUAUUGCUUUUCAAGUUUGUCGCUUUGUUCAUGUUUUAAGCUCACCAAGCGCCUUAUGAAGGAGAUAAAAAGGUUGUUUUUUUUCCCCUCAUGCUGUCUUAUUCUAGACAGUCGAUCACUUUACCCGCCUCCCGAAGCUCGUAGCACUUUUUUUAAGGCACCAAAUCUGAACAAUGACUGUAUUUUAUGUAAUCAUUUUAUCUCCUUAGUGUCCUCUCAAAUCUCAUAAAUAUCAGUGUUGCUUUAGUUUUGCUUCUUAAAUGACUUUCUGUGAUUGAUUUUUAACCUGUCCUUUCUGUAACCAGUCUUUUCUGUUUUGUACUCAAACAAUUUUAGAUGAAAGUCGGGCUUUUAUGUCAAAUAAUGUAUCUGCAGUGUAUUAAGAUCACCAUCAGAGGGAGAUAUUGCAGGACUGUGAUGAUUGCGUACCAAAAACAAUACAUGAACAGGCAGUUUCUCAUGACACUAAUGCCAUGACAUCAUGUUUGUCAUCAUGACACAUUUGUUUUUUUUUAGUAGAAAAUUAACACAGUGGCAUAAUGAAUAUACUCUAAAUGUCUCCAUGCACAUGUUUAGGGCACUAAUGUACUAAUGUAGAGUUUGUUUUGAGGUCUCACUUGGUGUUGGUUGAUUUAUGGGAAUCACUGUAAUUUAUUAGUUUCUUUGUCCAAGUGCCAAAUGUCUCGUGUAAAUAGUUUUGUGAUCAGAACAAUAAGCUGCAGUUCAGCCAUCUCAACGUCUCCUAACAUUAUAAGCCUACCUUAAUAAAAUUACAUAGUAUAACAUUCCUAGUUUUAGCUUUAUUAUUUUUUGGGCAUCGACUAAUUGUUUAAACAUUUCAUUUCACGCUCAUGUGAACUUAGUCGACCAAAUUUCCACACAAGCUGUGUAGACAAUCUCAAUAUUCAUGCAUUACUGAGAGGGAAGGCUUUUAAAAAUAUACAUAUAUAUAAAUAUAUAUGUAUUUUUUUUGUUUUGUGUCAUGUUGUAUCAGUGUGACAUGGAUUGGUUAAAGCUUUGACUGUGUCAAAUAAUACAUUUUCGGUCCUCUGUUACUCUCAAGUGUGUAUUUCAGACACUAUUUUUCCCUCUGAACUGGCCCGUCUCAGCCUGACUGUCAUUGUGAUCUUGUGCCUGUUUGGUGUCACAAAAUUGCACAAAAUCUCAAGUGCCUGUGGGACCAUGAAGUGAUCAGCUACAAGUGUCUGUUGUGUUUUGUAAGGAAGACACACGUGUUACAAUAGUUUGCACUUUUCGAGAGGCUCAUUAAUCAAACAUCUCUUUAUUAUUUAUCUGUUGCAUUAUGAGGCAUUAUUGCUGUUUUUUUGAAGAUUCAUUUGGAGUAUGUCACAGUUUUUUAAUAAUGUACACUCACAUUUGUCUGGAUCAUGGUCAUGGACAAUGAAGGGGAUGUUAAUGAAAAGUAGGCAGUACAGUGUCAGUUUUAUGUUUGCUUAUUGUGCCUGUGGAUGAAAUGAAGGUUGUCUGUGUAUGCCAAAGUAUCUGUCAAAGUCAUGAAAUGCUGAUACAAAUUGUUGUUCCAUUUCAAAAGCAAUACAGAGUCCGAGAGGCUAUUGCUGAUGUUCCCGUGUACAUUAAUGGUUGAAAUAUUGAUGACAAAUAAAAAGUUAUUUUCUAUUUA